UCUGCUCAUUGCUGUGGAAAGAGGGAAGGUUCUGGAAGAUAAGGCCCGGCCGCCAUCUUGUACUGUGAAGAUAACAGUAGGCGCUGUUGAAGCAGAUUGUUGUUUUGAGAGCGCAGCAACUAUGGCAUCUGAUGACUUUGAUAUUGUGAUAGAAGCAAUGCUGGAAGCUCCGUACAAGAACAAAGAAAAGGAGGAGGAAAGUCAGAACAAGGAGACUAAACAAGAUCGUGAAACCAGAAGCAGUAGUCCUAGGAACAGAGGUCACAGCAGCAGUAAGAAGAGAAGUUGUAGUCGAAGCCGUGAUCGUCGUAGAAGCCGUAGCCGUAGUAGAGAUCACCACAGGCGCCGUAGUAGCAGAGACCGACACAGAAGCCAUGAGCGUCGUCACAGAAGCAGGAGCAGAGGGAGACAUUAUGACUCCAGAAGCCGUGACCGGCGUAGGGAAGAGCGAUCCAGACACCGCAGCCCUGGACGUCGAUAUACCCGUAGCAAGAGCCGAAGCCCUCGACACAGGGAGAAGACCCCUAUCAGGGAACCAGAGAACACUUUGACCCCAGAAGAACGUGAUGCACGUACUGUGUUCUGUAUGCAGCUGGCUGCACGCAUCCGUCAACGAGACCUGGAGGAUUUUUUCUCUGCAGUUGGCAAGGUCCGAGAUGUGAGAAUCAUUUCAGAUCGGAACUCGCGCAGAUCGAAGGGGAUUGCCUAUGUGGAGUUCUGUGACAUACAGUCUGUGCCACUUGCCAUUGGUCUCACUGGACAGAGAUUGCUAGGUGUGCCCAUCAUUGUGCAGGCCUCACAGGCAGAAAAGAACCGUUUAGCAGCUAUGGCAAAUAACCUACAGCGAGGAAAUGCAGGGCCCAUGCGAUUAUAUGUUGGUUCUCUACACUUUAACAUUACAGAAGACAUGCUAAGGGGCAUCUUUGAGCCAUUUGGAAAGAUUGAGAAUAUUCAGCUUCUCAAAGAACCAGAUACAGGGCGGUCUAAAGGAUUUGGGUUCAUAACGUUUUCAGAUGCUGAGUGUGCACGCCGUGCCCUGGAACAGCUUAAUGGGUUUGAACUGGCUGGGAGACCAAUGAAGGUUGGCCAUGUGACUGAUCGUGUUGAUGGCAGCUGUGACAUAUCAUUUUUGGACAAUGAUGAACUGGAAAAAAGUGGAGUAGAUCUAGGAGCCACUGGACGUUUGCAGCUUAUGGCAAAACUGGCAGAGGGAACAGGUCUUCAGAUGCCUCUUGCUGCUCAAGCUGCUCUACAACUGAAUGGAGCCAUUCCAUUGACUGCCCUGAAUCCUGCACUUUCUGCUCUGAGCCCAGCUCUAAAUCUGGCAACACAAUCUAUUUCAUCCCAGUGCUUCCAGCUUUCCCAACUCUUCAACCCGCAAGCCAUGUAAACCACAGAACCUGCUCUCUGGCCUCAUUUAUCACAUACGCCCCAUCCUCCAUUUUUGUACACUCUGUAUUUACCUUACCCACUUCUAUUUCAUGAGAAAUGGUGUGCCACUACCAGGCCUUCCAAAACCAUGAAUACAUUUUAAAGGGUUGAUAUAACUUUGGGAGAUCUUCUUGUAAAUACUUUUUCCUAAAACUGUACCCAGAGUUUCAUUGAUCUGGCUGUUCCUCGAAUAUUGACGAAUUUUCCUUCGUGAGAAAUUCUGAGCAGUUUGUACAUAUAUAUUUUUGACAUUUGAUCUAUGUACCAAAAAUUUUCCUCACUUUGUGUACAUUCAUCCUUUUGUGGUACAGUUUUGAACUGCUGAACAUGUAAAUAGCAGCUGGUCUUAAUGUUCAGACUAAGUUGUAUACAUUUCAGAACCAGGUAUAUUGAGGUUCACAUGUUGUAUAAGAAACAGAUCCACCAUAUUUUAAAUUGAGCUUUAGAAUAAGAAUAAGCCAAUCUUGGUCAUAAAUCUGUCUUAAAGAUGGUUUCAGACUGCAGUAAUUAAGUGAUUGAAGUCUUCUCCUGCUGGAAUUAUCUUGACUUAUUUUUGCAUUGGUAAAACCUGUUGAGAGGUUUCGAGCUGUCUUCAGUUGGAAAUGUAUUUGCAAAUAUGCACAAGCUCAGUCAUAAUCCUCCUGCAUUAUUCUGGGAUCUGCUCUGAACUCUGUUUUUUUUAGUUGAUUGUCACACCUUCAAAUGGGGGGUUAAAUGUAUCUUCUAAUUGAGCCAGUCAAGAAUCCUUGAGGGAUAUUCUGUUAAUUUUACAGAACCAAAUAUACCUGAGAUAGUGGUAGGAUGUGCAGCAUUACUAGUAAAGGUAAGUAAACCAUGCUUCUCUACAGCCUGUGCUGUUAUAGGGAUCAUGUUUCCCUUUUUAUACUUUUUGUAAAUACUGACACACUUUCUUAUAUUAGGUGUGCAUGAAUCUUAAAGAGAUGGAGGCUUGCGGAUGAAAGAAGCAGAAUAUAAAAUGGGGGGACAGCUGUCACUGGUUAUGGUUUAGUUGUGUUAGGAAGCACUAGGUGAUUAUAAGGUGCAAGUGAAAAUACCUUUGCUUUAAAAUCCUGCUUAGGACAGGCACUGCCCCAAAUUUGCUUGUCUGUUUUUUAUAGACCUCUGAAUUUUUGGAGCCCCCAUCUCUUGAUUUAGGAUGGUCGGUUAAACUCUGGACAACAGGGCUUUACAAUUUCCAAGAAAUUUUGUUUAUUUAAAAAAAUAUAUAUACUUUUUUAUGUUUCUGUUUUUCUGAUUUAGCAGGAAAGUGAAAUAAAAAAUUUAAAAAGUG